AAGGUUAACCAAACCAAACAAUAAACCGCAUCAUCGCACUUUAUCAAUAGGAAACAGUCCAGUUACAAAUGAUAACGUUUGAUAUUAUAUCUUUAUUUUACCACACUCCCUUCAGUUAUAAUCUACAAUAAAACGAAGAACAAAUCGUUUAUUAAUUUUACAUACAUUGUGAAGUUUACAGAAUGACCCGAAUUAGAGAUUUACUCAUUGCCUGGAGGAUACGAAGAGCGAGGCAGCUGAAUAACAGUGAUUCUGUAUCGUUUGAGGCGUUUUGUAACGAAGCACCUCCUCUACGUCACCCUGCCACAAAGGAGUCCUCACUAAGUAAUGAAUACAAGUGUUCCCCAAAGCAUGCCAAAGCAGAAGAGUACGUUCGUUUCUCUGCAGAAACCAGCAGUAUUUCUAAAUGCACCCGUCCUAGUCUAGCGACAAUCCUAUUGCUCAUCCUGUUAUUGGCUGUGUUUUUAAUCCUUCCAAUUAUAUAUUUAUUACACUGUUUUGGUGUUGUAAACAUUGAUCAUGAUUUAUUAAUUCAACAUUCGCAUCAUAAUCUUAAGGAUAAGGAACAUUACACACCAAGUGCUAAAAUACACGAUGAACUUCAAAGCUCUCAAUCCGAAAAAGAUCUACCACCUCCCCCCAAGCCCGAUUAUAAGCAGUGCAAACUACUCAAAAACGAAGAGAAAUUGGACUGUUACCCCGAGUACGGUGCGAACAUGCAAGGAUGCGAGUUGAGAGGUUGCUGUUGGGUUCCUGUUAAAUCAAAGUCCAAAAAGAAGAAAUACGCACCUCUCGACGUGCCCUACUGUUACUUUCCCCCCAAUUACGAUAGUUACAAAUACGUUAAUGUAACAGAAACUGCAUAUGGACUGACUGCAUUUUUAAAACGCAACUAUCGAAGUGCAUAUGGGAAUGAUGUAGAAAUAAUUAAAAUGAUUGUUAAGUACGAAGCCGAAAACCGAUUACAUAUUAAGUUCGUAGAUCCGUUUCGUAAUCGCUUCGAACCACCGUAUCCAGAAGUGCCAAUUGUGGAUAAGGCGGCCUCCAAUUUAUCCUACAAUCUCCAACUGAACGAGGAAAAUGGGGGAUUCCGAAUUAUGCGAAAAGGAGAGCGCACGCCUAUUUUCGAUACAUUUAAUCUGGGAAAUAUGGUCUUCAGUGAUCAGUUUUUACAGUUGUCUUCGAAAUUGCCCUCGAAUUACAUUUACGGACUAGGAGAACAUCGUUCACCACUUUUGCUGUCGACACACUGGCAGCAAUUUACAAUGUUUACGCAUGAUGGCAUACCUACUGAGAAUAUGAAUUUGUACGGCAGCCAUCCAUUCUAUAUGAUGAUGGAGAAUUCUGGUAAAAGUCAUGGUGUUUUCUUGUUAAACAGCAAUGCAAUGGAUGUUAUUCUACAGCCAUCACCUGCGAUAACAUUUAGAACAAUUGGGGGAGUAUUAGAUUUCUACUUUUUUAUGGGCCCGACACCUAAGGAUGUUGUGAUUCAAUAUUUGGAAAUAAUCGGCAAACCUUUCAUGCCCCCUUAUUGGAGUUUGGGAUUUCAUUUGUGCAGGUAGGUAUAUUUGGUUAAUGGAAAAAU